AUGGAAGGGAAGCAAAACAUUGACCUUGCAUCCUUCAACCUCAAGCAUCACAAUGACCUCCUCUGGUCAAUCAACUACAAAUACGAUUACAUGCCAAAAUACAAACCGUCCUUGCCGUUUCUGAUUGGCUUAUCAUCAUUUCCUGAUCUCGAGGCCGAAAGGAUCAGUGUUGAGUCUAUCAUCAACAUCCUUCCUACUCCGACUGAAUAUCCGAUCAAAACUAGUGAGGCUCUUAGCAUCAACAGCUUACCAAUAUCUCCCACUGAUGCGAAACCUCCAUGGCAUUCUUCGAUCCACCACGUAAGACAGAACAUACAUUGGCAAACGGUUGUCGAAGCAUCAAAAGUGCUGCUAUACAACAUUUCUUCCGACCAAAACGCAACAACUAGCAAAAAUCGACUCAAACUUCUUACCGAGAUGAACGCCUACUCCUUUAUCUUUGAUUGUGUAUGGGAGAUGAACGAUAAAGUUGCGACCGAAUUCGUAUCGCGCCUCAAAGCUUGCGUGCCCGACAGUGAGGAUGAAUCUGUAUCUGCCCUGCAAAAAGCCAUGAGAACCACAAUUAAGGGUCUUUACGACGAAGACGGCAUCAUUGGCAACGGAGGAGCAGAGGUCAUUACGACUUUGCAAGAGUUCAUUAAUCACCCCCCGCCACCCGCUACAUUCAACAGCCUUCGAGAAUACCUCGACUAUAGGACAAUCGAUAUAGCCGUCUCUUACACCGUAGCAUGCGCAAAAUUUUCUCUCAACUCAACCGUCGACACUACAAGCCCUCGCUUCGCCAGAUUCAUUCGGCUCUACGCCGACCACCUAUCUAUUGCCAACGACCUUGCUUCUUUCGAGCGGGAGAAAAGAGCCUAUGUCAAGGGCAAGGCGCACUACCUCUUGAACACAGUAGAAGAAGUCCGCAAGAUGUGCUCUCUCGACAACGACGAAGCUGCCAAAUUUGCCACGCUGGCUAUCCAGAUGGAAAUAGAGCGCGAAAUGGCAAGAGAACUCUCGCGUCUGGAUGCCGACCGCGAGACUUCGUAUGCGGAGAGGGAGCUUCUGAGUGCGCUGGUGUUUCUUGCUGGGGGAAACGUGAUGUGCUCGGUUAUUAUGUCGCGAUAUGGGGGUGAACGGAGUGCGGUUUAG